AACAUUUUCUACACAGGACAGAUUGUGACAACUUCUUUCUUAAGGAAAGAAUGCUUAAAUUUCACCAAGUGAAACAUAUUUUUGAUAUACUAGAUAAAAUGCGAUGCCUGCGAAAACGUUCUACUGUCUCAUUCUUGGGAGUUCUUGUCAUUUUCCUUCUGUUUAUGAACUUGUACAUUGAAGAUAGCUAUGUUAUGGAAGGAGACAAACAGAUUUUAAGGGAAACAUCUACACAUCAGCUGAGUCCAGAACACUACAUGCAUACUUUCAAAGAUUUGUCCAAUUUCUCAGGAGCCCUCAAUGUCACCUAUCGCUACUUAGCUGUCAUGCCUUUACAAAGAAAGCGAUUUCUUACAAUUGGACUUUCAUCAGUGAGACGAAAAAAAGGAAGCUAUUUACUUGAGACAAUCAAGUCAAUUUUUGAGCAAUCCAGCUAUGAAGAAUUGAAGGAAAUUUCAGUGGUGGUUCAUCUAGCUGACUUUAACUCAUCCUGGCGUGAGGUCAUGCUGCAAGAUAUUACACAGAAAUUUGCCCACCAUAUUAUUGCUGGAAGGUUAAUGGUUAUACAUGCUCCAGAGGAAUAUUACCCAAUCCUGAGUGGCCUUAAAAGAAAUUACAAUGAUCCAGAAGAUAGAGUCAGAUUUCGUUCCAAGCAAAAUGUAGAUUAUGCUUUUUUGCUCAACUUUUGUGCCAAUAUUUCAUACUAUUAUGUAAUGCUUGAAGAUGAUGUUCGUUGUUCAAAAAAUUUCUUAACUGCCAUCAAGAAAGUCAUUGCAUCCUUAGAAGGAACUUACUGGGUAACCCUUGAGUUCUCUAAGCUUGGCUAUAUUGGAAAACUUUAUCAUUCUCAUGAUCUCCCACGUUUGGCACAUUUUUUAUUAAUGUUUUAUCAAGAAAUGCCUUGUGAUUGGCUAUUGACUCAUUUCCGGAGUCUGUUAGCUCAGAAAAAUGUGAUUCGUUUUAAACCAUCUCUCUUUCAGCACAUGGGUUACUAUUCAUCAUAUAAAGGAACUGAGAAUAAGUUGAAGGAUGAUGAUUUUGAAGAGGAGCCAUUUGACCUCCCAGAUAACCCUCCUGCAAGUCUGUAUACCAACAUGAGUGUUUUUGAAAAUUAUGAUGCAAGCAAAGCUUACAGUAGUGUUGAUGACUACUUCUGGGGGAAACCACCUUCAACAGGAGAUGUCUUUGUGAUUAUAUUUGAAAAACCAAUUGUAAUUAAAAGAAUUAAAGUGAAUACUGGAACAGAAGAUCGACAAAAUGAUAUUUUGCAUCAUGGAGCUCUAGAUGUUGGGGGGAAUAUUCGAUAUUUUAAACAAAAUAGACAAUGUGUUACUUAUAUUAAACUAGGAGAAUUCAGAAAUGGAAAUUUUGAAGUAUCUGAUGUAAAUCAAAAAAUUCCAUUUGAUAUACAUUGUAUGAGGAUAUAUGUUACCAAAACACAAAAGGAAUGGCUGAUUAUUAGGAGUAUUAGCAUUUGGACUUCUUAGCCAAUGAAAUCAAUAUGUCCAGUUACUGAAGCAGGUCUUCCUGUUUCCUGCUUUGCUACGUCCUCUUUUGCUCCCUUUGUCCUUUAGAGGGAAAGCAAUGGAUUGGAUAAUUAAAAAGUCAAUCAUUUUGGCAGUUUUGAUCUGCUCAUUUUCAGCAUACUUUUACUUUUAUGCACACAUUUAUUUCAACUUUUGAAGCUGUGUAUCAGUUCAUAGUUAAUAAUACUUUUGUUUAUAUUUUAAUGUUAUUGUGUUACUUUCAAAAUUUCAUCUGCAUGUCAAAAAGGCGACAUGAAGGAUUUAAAAUGAGAAAAUGUGGUUUGUUCAAUUAUGAAUUGUGAAAGAUAGUUCCCACUGUAUGCACAUAGUCAAGAAUUUAUUUCAUUAUAUCAUUAGAUAAAUUUUAUUAAGCAUCUCUGUGACUAUGCAGUUGGUUAGAAUGAUAAUCUGUCUUGUUUUUCUUGUAAACUUAGGUUACCAUAGACUUCUGUACAUCUACAAUGAAUACCUCCUCAUAGAAGUGAUGUCUUUACAAUAGAAAUUUGUGUGUCACUGAGGUGAUGAAAAGAAGAAAAAAACUUAAUAUCCUCCCCUGAUUAUUUAUAUAGGAGGGGAAAUUGUUCAAUGUACAAAAAUUUGAACACCUACUGUCAAUAAAUUUUCUGUGGGAAGCACUCUUUUUCCAGGUUCCCUUUUGCAAAAAUAAAGGUUAUGCUCAAUAUUUUCAGGUUCCACUGGGUACCUGCAUUUAAUAGAAAAAAAAAUAGAGAAGGUUUAUGGUUAUUCCAUUCCUAAUGAACAUUUUCAGUAU